AUGCACAAACAAGUUACAAUUAGUAGUGUUUUGUUUUGUUUCGUAAUAGUCUUCUGCCAUAAUGGACAAGCCAAACUGGCACCCGACUACAUCCAUCCCUGCAACGAUACAUCCAGAGCAUGUUUGGUUAAGGCAACGCAAGAUGCUAUCCCUGAAUUUGUCAAAGGUAUUCCAGAAUUCGAUAUGCCUUCUUUGGAUCCUUUCUUCAUAGACAAGUUGUCCAUUCCCUUAACUGGAAUAUCAUUUACAUUCUACAACGGUAAAGUGACGGGCUUCAGAAAAUGCAUCGUGGAUGACAUUGAGUCAUACCUCGAAAAACGCAAGUUUAUCUUUGCCUUCCACUGCAACCUGACAAUUAAAGGUACCUACGACGCCAAAGGUAAAAUUCUGCUAUUUAACAUCGAUGGUGGAGGCGAUGCAAAAAUAAGACUAACUAAUCUUAGAAUGAAGCUUGACUUCAACACAAAAUACGUCAAAGACAAAAAUAAUAUGAAUCACUUUUCAAUAAAAAAUUAUAAAUAUACUUUUGACUACGGAGACCGUGUCUACUUUGAUCUUCAAAAUAUCUUCAAAGAGAGCAAGGCACUUAGUAACACCGUUCUGACAUUUUUAAAUGAAAACUGGAAAACAGUUGCUGAAGAAUUUGGGAAGCCAAUUGUAGAUUAUUCUGUAGAACUAGCUUUAUCAGCUAUUAAAAAGUUCUUUAAUGUAGUCCCCUAUGAAGAACUGAUCAAUGUUCCCAUACCACAAUAA